AUGACCCAGGGAAACAGCAGUGCAGUGACUGAAUUCAUCCUGCUGGGCUUUACAAUCCGACAAGACCUACAGUAUGUCCUGUUCCUUGUGUUUCUGUUUGUCUAUGUCAUUUCUAUAGUGGGCAAUGUUGGUAUGAUUCUGAUCAUCAAAAUUGACUCCCACCUUCACACUCCCAUGUACUUCUUUCUCCAACACCUGGCUUUUGUUGAUCUCUGUUAUACCUCUGCCAUCACUCCCAAAAUGCUGCAAAACUUCCUAGUGUCCCACAAGUCUAUCUCAUUCUCCGGAUGUCUGAUUCAGAUGUUGGUUUAUGCUACAUUUGCUACUACUGAUAAUUACCUGCUUGCCGCCAUGGCCAUAGACCGUUAUGUGGCUAUUUGUAUCCCCCUACAUUACCCGGUGAUCAUGUCUCAGAAGGUUUGCAUUCAGCUUGUUGCUGUGUCUUAUUUUAUAAGAUCCCUGAAUGCCUCUAUCCAUACUGGUUUUGCCUUUUCUCUGUUCUUCUGUAAUUCCAACAUCAUCAAUCACUUUUUCUGUGAUGUGCCUCCGAUCCUGGCCCUUUCCUGUUCGAGUAUUGAAACCAAUAUCAUGCUAUUACUUGUCUGUGUGGGCUUCAAUCUGAUAAGCACUUUGAUGGUUGUACUCUUCUCCUAUGUUUAUAUCCUGGCUGCCAUCUUGAGGAUGAGUUCUGCUUCAGGGAGACACAAGGCCUUCUCCACUUGUGCCUCCCACCUGACUGCUGUCACCAUUUUCUAUGCGGCUCUUAUUUAUAUAUAUUUACAGCCUUCUUCUAGUGAGUCCCAGGAGAAUGAUAAAAUUGUUUCUAUGUUUUAUGGCAUUAUCAUCCCCAUGCUGAAUCCCCUAAUCUAUAGCCUGAGGAACAAGGAAGUCAAAGAGGCCCUGAAAGCGAUGAGCAAGACUUGCUUAAUAUGUAAGCCCUGA